GGAGAAAGUAUCUUGACCAGGCAUGACGGUCGGCAAUGGGAUGAAACCCGCCCGAUUUCCAUUACCCCUAACUACCAGCGGUUCGCCGAAGGGUCGGCAUUGAUUGAGACGGGGCACACCAAAGUAUUGUGCGCCGCAUCCCUUGAGGAACGGGUGCCACCCUUCCUUCGAGGCCAGGGCCAGGGCUGGGUUACCGCCGAAUACAACAUGCUGCCCCGCGCCACCAACACCAGAACACCCCGAGAACGGGACUCCGGACGAAUCAGCGGUCGGUCCCAGGAGAUUCAACGGCUCAUCGGGCGUUCAUUGAGGGCGAUAACCGACCUGGAGGCACUGGGGGAACGCACAGUCCAAAUAGACUGCGACGUAAUACAGGCCGACGGGGGAACUCGCACUGCCGCCAUAACCGGCGCCUACGUGGCCCUGUAUCAGGCAUUGAAGGUGCUGGUAGACAGCCGGGCGGUACGCAGAAUACCUCUCCACGGCGCGGUGGCCGCCGUCAGCGUGGGAUUGGUCAAGGACGACUUGCUGCUGGACCUGUGUUACCGCGAGGACUUUGACGCCCAGGUGGAUUUCAAUGUAGUCAUGACUGAUCGCGGCGAAUUGGUGGAGCUUCAGGGAGCCACUGAGGGCUCACCCUUUCCCAGGCAGCGGGUUGAAGGAAUCCUUGCCUUGGCCGCCCGGGGCAUGGAACCUCUAUUUGCAGCCCAACGCCGGGCGAUACGGCAACUGUAA